UACAAGUCAUAAAAAAUGCUAGACUCGCUGACGCUUCUAUUUGAGAAAUUCUUUCUUUUCUCAAACUUUAAUAUUUUUAAAAGUCUAUGGCAGGAGGAGUCGGAGCGCGCGGUGAAAUGGCCAGUGCUCAGGAGAGGAGAUCUUCUGGGAGUGCAGCGCACUCUCUUCAUUCAUUACGGCAUCUAUUUGGGGGAUAACAGGGUGGCGCACCUGAUGCCUGAUAUCAUGCCAGUAUUAACCAAAAACAAGCAGCUGAUCAAACCAGUCGUCACUAACAAAAGACUUAUAUUAGGCUGUAUUUACCGAAACGCGAGUAUACGUGUAGAUUCAGCUGAAGAUUUCGCGUAUGGAGCUCAGAUUAUGGUUAAUGAUAUGGAUAUGAAAAUUAAGUGUCAAGCACUGGUGAGCGAAGUAGUCGCGAGGAGAGCAGAGAAACUGGUCGGCGACAUUCCGUACAGUUUAUUAUGGAAUAACUGUGAACAUUUCGUGACAUAUUGCAGGUACGGGACACCUGUGAGCCAUCAGACAGAGAAGUUUUGUGACUGUCUGAAAACCAUCAUUCGGGACCAGAGAAGUGUGGCCUUAACUGUUGGAAUAGGAGUGAUGUACAUCCUGUGCUUUGGCCUGGCACCUUCAACUACAUUACCCACAAUCCUUAUUCCCUUCAUCCUGUGGAUGGCUGGCUGAGAGACACAUUCACUACAUCACAUUAAACAACAAAGCACAGUUUUAAAGGGGACAAGUA